AGGUGGUAGAUAAGCCAAAAUAAGGUGCGGAGCUGUGGAUCCUCUCAUUGGCAGGACCUUCGGCCUCCUCCGUCGAGGGGCAGCGGGGUAGCUUGGGGGAUAAGCACUCCCAAUGCAAUGCAAUUCUUCCACAUCUUUCCCUUCACUUCUCUUUUUUGUUGGUAGUGUUCGUCGCUUCCGUCCUUUCCCUGGAAUACAGCCAAAGCAACUCUUGGUCUCCCUCCUCUUCAGCGCCCACGUCACGACGACUCAAAUCCUCAGGUGGGGCCGAAUCCGCGUUCACGAACAUACUCUGGUCUCUGCAACAUGUCGACUGACUCGAUACCCUCGACGCAAAUUGCUGCGUGGAUUGACGAGCCGGGCCCAGACUGCGUCCUCCAAAUCCGUGACGACGUACAAGUCAAACAACCCGGCGAAAACGAAGUUCUUGUGAAGAUCGAAUGUUCCGGCAUCUGCCACUCGGACUGUCACGCACUGCAAGUCAAAGGCAAAUAUGAACAAGUUCCCGGACACGAGGGCGUUGGAAGAGUUGUGAAAUUGGGAACGGGUGCUUCCGAGGAUCUACUUGGCAAACGAGUUGGAGUCAAGUGGCUGUGGAGCGCAUGCAGGGAGUGCGGCAGUUGCAAAGUGGGCAAGAUCAAUCAUUGCGCGAAGCAAGUAAACUCCGGCCGUCAGGUCUGGGGCACACUACAGCAGUACACUGUUGCACACGCGGACUUUGUCACGCCUAUCCCAGACGGUGUCAAAAGCGAGGUUGCUGCACCGCUGCUGUGCGCUGGUUUGAGUCUGGCGGGCGCAAUCUCGAAGCUCACGCCUGAUGUUGUGCCAGGUGACUAUGUUGCAAUUGUUGGUGCUGGAGGCGGACUGGGCCACAUUGGUGUACAAAUCGCGAGCCUGAAGGGGUACAAGGUCAUUGGCAUUGACAGUGGUGCGGACAAGGAGAAGUUGUGUAAAGAGAUGGGCGCAGUAGGCUUCGUUGACUAUGCGAAACAGGACGUCGUACAAGCUGUCAAGGACUUGACAGAUGGCGAAGGCGCGCAUGGUGUAAUCUGUGUUGCUGGGAGUGAAAGGGCGUACCAGCAGGCCCCCGCGCUUGUGAGAAACAGUGGUGUCUUUAUCUGCGUUGGUCUGCCUCCGGACACGUACAUGUUUCCCAUGUCACCGAUCCAUAUUGCGAACAGGGGUCUGACUAUCAGGGGAUCAUCGACUGGGACUCCGGAGCAGAUGAAAGAACUAUUACAGCUGGCACUGGAGGGCAAGAUCACACCCAAGAUCGAGGUGUAUGAUUUUGAAGACUCACCGAGGAUCAUACAAGAGUUGAUGCGCUACGAAGUGACUGGACGGAAGGUAGUACGUGUACCAUGAUUUAAGUCACACG